AUGUUUCAAUUAGGCGGUAAAUGCCUAGCAUUCCAUGGCCCAUUAUUAUAUGAGGCUAAGAUACUGAAGAUGUGGGAUCCGUCAACGAAAACGGUCACCACCUGGAAUUCUGACCCAAAGGAUCCAAAGGAAGUGGAGAAAGACGUAAUUGCAGAAGAAGAUGAAAUACCACCGGAGAUAAUUAAUUUUCCAUGUUAUUUUAUUCAUUACCAGGGUUGGAAAUCUACCUGGGAUGAAUGGAUAGGAAAUACAAGAAUCAGAGAAUUCAAUAAUGAAAAUGUUGAGUUAAAGAAAAAACUGGCAAGUGAUGCUAAGGAGGCCAAGAAAUUACAAGAACAGAAGGAGAAAGAAAAGAAGAAGAAAACAUCUACUAGUGAAAACAAUUCGUCAACGCACUUACAUAACCUAAGUGGUACCAAUAAGAGGAAACAAAGUGAUGGCAGAUCUAAUGGAAUUUUGAAACCAUAUACAAGUAGCCACAGCCGAUCGAGUCGGAAUCUAAGCAAUGAACAAUCACAAGGUUAUAGCACCGAUUCCUCCAAUAGGAAGACAUCACCCCCAUUACCGUCCUCUUCUACCUCACAAUCAUAUCAACACCAAGUUAUUCAACAACAGUUACAUCAUCACAACAACUCGUUUCCUCGAAUAACCCUACAUAUUCCCAUGAAAUUAAAAUCUAUCUUAGUCGAUGACUGGGAAUCCAUUACAAAAGAAAAAAAGAUUAUAAAAUUACCAUGCAAUAGGACAGUAAAUUCAAUUUUGGAUGACUAUGAAGCUGAACAACUUUCUGAUCCCGAAAAUAACUCAUUAGUGUUUCAAUCGCAACUGAAUGAAUAUUGCCAGGGAUUGAAAUUGUAUUUUAAUGAAACAUUACCAAGACUAUUAUUGUACAGAUUAGAGAGAUUGCAAUAUGAUAACUACUUGAAGGAACAUUUGAAGGAAACCAUGGAAGUAUCAGCAGUUUACGGCUCAGUUCACUUAUUGAGGUUGAUCAGUCUAUUGCCAGAAUUGAUAUCGACGACGACAAUGGAUCCCCAAAGUUGUCAACUGAUUAUCAAACAAACUGAAAAUUUACUAAUUUGGAUGGUUUUACAUAUAGACAAGCUUUUUGAUGAUAAGACCGUGGGAUCAGAAGAGUACUAUGUCAAUACAUCUAGCCAAUAUGAAGGUGUCGCGUUGAAUAUGUAA